AUGUGCGCAGAUAGGAUCAAAAACUUAUAUAAAACAAACGAACAAACGUGAGCUUGCUGCAAAUUUGUGGUGAAUAUAUUGCAGAAAGACAAUGAACUCCGUUGAAAUAUAAAAAGGAAGCCACAAGUUAGUGCAAGGGAAAGAAGCAAAAGUAUUCUGAAAAGGUGACAACAAGCCGUCAAAUAUUUCAUCUUUUAACGCCGUCGUCGUCAUCAGAACAUCGCCAUGGUUAUAAGAAUGAUGAAUAAAAAAGAUAAAGCUGAUUGCUGCAAAGAUGCUAACCCACAAAUACGAACACAAUUCACACCGUUCACAAAUUUACGUAAAAGUUUUAGAAGGCUAAAGCAAAGAAAGGUAAAAAAGGCACUAUCAAUAGACUCCCUUUUAGUUGAUGUCCCUCCAAAUAAAAAACAAAGUGGUAAAUAUAAAGAAGCUGAAAAACACAAAUGCAAGAAUAAUCAUAAUGGUAAAGAAAAUUCAAGAAAUAUUCUAAAACGCUUUACGCUGGGGAAGCGUUCUUCUAAUAAAGGUAACACAGUUGAUAUCAAAGUUGUAGACAAUAAUCGUUUUAGUAUCAUAGAAUGGUCAUCUUGCGAAUCUUUAGCAGAACCAGGGAGAGUUAAAGCCAGAAAACAUAAUUCACUACGGCGUUCUAGAGCUUCGCUUUUUAUCCCUACUGAUGGUUUGGUUGAACAUAAAUUUAUGCCUCCAACAACAACCAAAAUUACACGUUACAACAGUGUAGACCAAAUUAAUCAGCCAAAUAUAUCUUUAAAAGAAAAUAAAUGGCAUUCUUCACAUAAUGUGGCAGUAAAAUCUUCACCUGAAUUGAAAGAAGAAAACUCAAGUUCAGAAUUAACUUCAGCUGCUAAGAAGAAAAAAGUUUGUAAUAAGAGAACUCAUCAUUCACUGUCGUUAUCGAACAUUAAUGAACACAAAGAUGAAGAAGAAACUGAUAUUGAUAUUGGAGAUAUUGAUGAAGAUGUUGCAAACCAUAAUGUUAUGGAAACGAGUUGUGACAAGAUAAAUCUUUCUACAGAUAUCAGUGAAGGUUUAAAUAAAAUUGUUGAAACUCUAGAUAUGAAGACACAACACGAUGAAUGUGAUUUACAUGUUUCUAACAGAGAAAAGAAACCAUGCGUCAAAUUAUACAGUAAAUCUAUAUGCGCAUCUACGCCAGCACUUAACAGGCCACCUGUGCCUUCUGCUCCCAAACCUAUCAGCAGGCGUGACAGAAUUUUAAAAUCUGCCUCUACUGAGGGUCUUUCACCUAGAAAAUUUGCUAAAAAUCAUGAGAUUUAUCCCAACAAUGUUGGUGUUCAGCAAUUCAUAAAAGUGCCUGAAAAGUUUGUCUCAGACACUCAGACACACGUUGAUCUUGAAGAAAAAACCAAAAGUACAUCCUUAAAAAAUACAAGGUUAAAAAGGCCUCUGUCAUCAUGUAAAAGUAUGGAUGAUAUGCCUGCAUUUAUUGCUGACAUGGGAAAUGUAUGGAAAAAGUGUGAAACAGUAUAUACUCUUCCACUUGCUAUAGCUGAGGCUGUUUGGGAUCAAACCAGUUUAAAUGACGAUGAGUUGAUGUUUUCGUCAGGCGAUGUUAUAAAUGUGUUGUUUAUGGAAGAUGAACACUGGUGGUGGGGUAUGAAAGACAAUCAAGAAGGAUGGUUUCCAGCUUCUUAUGUCAGGCUUCGAGUUGUGCAAGAGUUAUCUGAUGAUAAUAAAUCUUCCGAUAUGGUGUGCAAGGAUGUCGUUGGAGAUGCUAACAUUGAUGAUAUCACUGAUGCCGCAAUUCAAGCUAAAAUCGCACGAAGAGAAAAAAUAAUGGCUGUCAGAGCUAAGUGUGUUGAAGAAUUGCUAAAUACAGAAAAAGAUUAUGUGAAGUUACUUAAGAAUAUUAUUGAGGGUUAUCUAAAUAAAGUUCGGGAAGACCCUGUAUUGUUUUCGAGUGAAGAUGCUGAUAUGCUGUUUGCAAACAUUGAACAACUUUACGAGUUCCAUAAAAUUUUUCUUCGAGAAUUGCAAGAUGCUAUUGUAUUGGAUAAAAUGGAGACCAGCGUAGUUGGGGAUAUAUUUUUGAGAAAUUACUCGAAGUUUGAAAUCUACUCACAGUACUGUAAUAAUCAGCCAAGAUCAAGUGCAAGGCUAUCAACUCUCACAAAAGAGAAAAAAUACAAAAUGUUUUUUGAGACUUGCAGGUUACGCCAAAAUAUGAUUCGUUUGUCUCUUGAUGGUUUUCUGUUAUCACCUGUACAGCGAAUAUGCAAGUAUCCUCUACAGUUGAAGGAGCUGUUAAAACAUACACAAUCCGACCAUGAAGACUAUACAGCACUAGUGGACGCUCGGAAGUGUAUGCAAAAUGUCGCUUCGUUAAUAAACGAACGAAAAAGACGAUUAGAAAAUGUAAAUAAGUUAGCUCGUUGGCAAUUGACUAUAUCCAACUGGAGAGAUGCUGAUGUUGUGACGAGAAGCAGUGAUUUGUUGCACAAAGGGGUUGUACAUAAAAUUAGCGAUGAGAAGGCGCCUGUAGAACGCGUUGUUUUUCUGUUUGAUCAUCAAUUGAUUUAUUUUAAGAAGGACCUUACUAAACGUGAAUCUUUAUCAUACUGCGGUCGUAUCGACCUGGACAGUGCUAUUAUAGAAAACGUUGAAGACAAUACGAUUUCUACAGAAGAAGAUUUGAUUUCCAAUGCAUGGAGAAUAUUUAAUUCUGCGAAAAAGAAAUGGUAUUAUUUUUACACUGACUGUUUUAAAAAGAAAGAAGCGUGGAUGAAAGCUCUUGAAGAAGAGAGAAAACAUGUCAAGGACGAACUAGAAAAAGGUUUUGUGGUAUCAGCAGAAGUAAGAACCACAGCGAUGGAGAACGCAUACAUUAAACACAUAGCAGAAUUAAAAAAGGGAAGAAUGAGACGCAAGUCAAUAGCUACAUAUCACGCAGACUUACAAACCACAGACCCGUACUCGCUCACUCCAAAAUACACGUCACCCACUUCAUUUGACGACACAGCCGCCGCUGUGAGAAAACGGAACAAAGCACGACGAAAUCGUUCAUUUAGAUUGUCACUACAAGGGACGAUAUUUGAUAAAUAACAUCAAUAUAUGUUUGAUAUUUUAACUGCAUCGUUUGACGUGUAUAUAAACAGUAGGUGAAGUGCUUAUUUUUGCGCAGUUCCAUGUGUCCAUUUUAGUUAAAAAAUCCUUCUCGAGGUUAUGCAUAAAUGAAGUGUAUUGAGCUAAAUAAAAAAAAUUUAAUUGAAGCACAUUACUGAGUUAAGUCGUUCACUCACGCCUCAUCGCUUAGCUAGUUUUUGUUGAUCGUCCACAAGGAUUAUUGUACAUAGGUAUGUGUUUUUUAACUUUGAAUCAUAAUAAGGGAAAGACAUCACGAAAUUUUAUAUUUAAAUAAUUUUUUUAUAAUUUUUUAAUGUUCUGUUUGGAUUGUUAUUUUUGUUAUAUUUUCGGACCAUGUGAAUGAUCGUUAACCGUCUAUUUUUGUUAAUUUGAACCACCUCUUUGAAAAAAAUGGCCAUGAAACUGCUUUGGAAACUUGUAGCGAAGAUAGAUUACUCUUUCUCUCUCUCGAUAAAACCAAUAAAUUUGUUAAUCGUUAAACGUAACGGUUUAUAAAGAUUGUUGACCAUAUACCUGUCAUCAGCUACAAACCAUCUUUUUUUUGUUUCAUAAAAUUAUCAAGUUUUUCUGGCCUAAAACGUUUCUGCAAUAAUGGUUGAUUUAAUGCUCCACCAUAGAACAUUUUUUAUGCAUAAAAGACGUAUUUAAAAAUUAUACAGCAAAACAACACAUCUCUUAUUUGUAGAUAUAAAUGUUUAUUUUUAUACACAUGAACUUCGUAACCAGUUCUUUAACUAGUGAAAUUAUAUAAAGUAUUGGUAACUAGUUUGUUUACACACUUAUUUGGUGAAUUCUUUUAUAGCUUGUGAAUAUUUUAAUACCUUUUAAAGUGAAAAUAUAUAUUAUUAUGAUGAACA